GCAAGACCUUGGUUGUUGUUUUGAUGAGGGUUUUCUGUAACUAGAUACUGCAUUUUGAAAAAUGAGGUUCCCAUGGAUGUCAAAAACAGACUUGUGGCUUUUUGAUCGUUAAACAUACUCUGGUGUAAUGUGUUGUGUGGUGAAAACACAAACAGAAAUAAGGCAGUAGAGAGGAGGCUGAAAAUGUGGGUUGGAACCAGAUUAUGGCUUUUAGUGAUGCGCCAGAAACUUUAGACAUUCCACUGUUUCUUGUGCAUGCUUUCUGUUUUUAAAAAGACCUUGGCCAAAGAUAGAAAUCGUUUUCCAAUAGGUAUUAGAAAAUAAAAGUUUUCCGUCUGUGUAUCUGCACCUUUUUUUCCCUGAAAUAGCAAGUAGACAUCUGAUAUAUAUAUAUAGCUGCAAUAUAAAUACAUUUAUUGCCAUUAACAUUUAUUGCCAUUUAACAAGUAUGUAAACAAGUGAUGUAAGGCAGUUGGUAUGGUCUGGGUUGUGGAAAAUUACCUAUAGCAGCAAUACUGGAAAUGGAUUGCAGAGGGGAAAAACUGGAGAAAGGUCCCAGACAGUUGCACGAGUUGAGGGAAGAGUUGAUGGCCUGAAACAGAAAAAGAGGAGCCAGGUUCAUGAGAGAGACUUACAAAAUCAACAGUACUUGUUACAGGGGUAAGGAGGGGAAUAGAGUGAGAGUCAAAUUCUGCUAACAUUGGCUGCUAACAUUGAGUUGCCAUAAACUCAAAUUGCAAAUUCAGGGAGAGCAAGAAUUUUAAAAUUCACUUAUUUAUUCGUUCACCGUUAAAUAAAUAUUUAUUCCACCCUUGUUAUUUGCCAAGUAUUGUUUUAGUUGCCAAAGAUACAAUUGUGAAUAGGCAGAGGAGGUCCCUGCUCUGAUUGAGUUUAUAUCUGAGUGGGAAAAGAAAGAGAGCAGGUGAAUAAAUAGACUCAGUUUUUAUAGUGAUAGACGCUUUGAAGAAAAGAAGAUGAAAUGGAUAAAAAGUGAUUGGGAGAUUGUUAGGCACAAUUUUAAGUGAGACAGUCAAGUCAAGCCUUUGAGAAAGUGAUAUUGGUGCUGAGAUCUUACUGGUGGCAAAGAGCCAACCAAAGUGAUGAGACAAUGAAAGGACAUGCUAGGCAGGAAGAACAGUGCAAAGGUUCUGAGAUGGGAAAAAGCCUGUGUUAAAAACAUUAAAAAGGCCGGUGUAGCUAAAGUGUCCUGAACAAGGAGAGAGUUAGGAGAUGACAUUUGAAGAGGUAGAUGGGGCCAGAUUGUGUAGCUGUUGUAGGCUGUGGUUAGGAAUUUGGAUUUUAUUCUAAGUGCAAAUGGUGGUCUAUAAUCCAGGAAGUAACCUCAUUUUUAUUUUAAAAGAUCCGUCUGGCUGCUGUAUGUAGACUGGACUUGAGAGGAAAGAGUGAAAGUGAAAUUAGGGGAUAAUACAGAAGUCCGCUUUUGGUGCUAGUGCUUCAGUUCCAUUUUAGUCAUGUUGAUUUAUCCAUGGGACAGGGAUGUGAAGAGAGGUCUAGCAGGCAGCCGGAAGCUUUGGAAAGAGGCCAGGUAGAUUUGGAAGUUCUCUAGAGAAAGAAAAUACUUGAAGUCGUCUGAAUCUCCUCAGCAGAGACCAUAUGGCUUAAUACUAUAUUAUAGUACAUAUAAUAUUAAUAUUAUAUCCUGACAUAUUCAACAAAAGAUUAUAGACCAUGUCAUAUGUAGCUAAUUACAUACAUUGAAAAGGGGUAAGAUUUUUUUUAAAAGGGAGGGUGGGCAUAACAGCAACAUGAGUGAAUAUAGUAAGAAAGGAUGAAAUGGGAACUAAGGUCAGUCUUGAUGAAUCCUUCUUCUUGGUGAAGAAAAGAAAUGAUUAAAAACAGAGGUAGAUGUAGGGGAAACCAUGGCAGCCUUUUCUUUCUUUCUUUCUUUAAAUAAAAGGCAGAGGAAGAGAGAGUUUGGUGCAAGGGAAGGUAGACAAUGCUGUCACAGGUUGACCAGUUGAGUAGGAUGAAGGCUAAAGUCAUUGGAUGUAGGAAGACGUUGGUGACCAUUGUGAAACGAUUUCAGUAGAGAGAUGGAGGAGAAAGCUGAAUUGCAAUGAAUUGAAGAUUAAUGGGAAAGAAAGUGGACAAUGAGUGGAUACUACACUUGAGAAGUUUAUUAGUAAGAAAUCUGGGUAAACUGGGGAAAGUGAUAUUUAUGGAAAGUUAUUUUUUUCUGUCAGGUGAAACUUGAUCACCUGAGUGGUGGAAGGAGAUAAUGUCCUAGAAGGGGAUGAGGUUAGCAUUAGAAAGGAAUCAUAAGAUUUGUUGAGCUCCUACAACACGACAUUUGUGAUACUGGGCACUGUCAUAUGUGUUGUCUCAUUUAAUCCUCAUAACAAUCCUGUUACUAUCCCCAUUUUACAAAUAAGGAAACAAUCUGAGGCUUAGAGCUGUGGAGUACUAAUGGAACCCAACCCUCUAAUUCCCCUUCAGUCAUACCUAUAUGGAAAGCACAGGUGAAGAUACAGAGUCAUUUUACAGGUAGAGAAGAGGAAAUUGGAUUCAGAAAUAAAGAUGAAUCAAAGACACUAGGAGAUUAAUUAGCUUGCUUAGUAGUGACAUGGAGCUACUUCCAUAAUGCCAGGCUGGGGCGACAAAAAGCCAGUCUUCACCUUGGAAGGACAUUUUAUCCAUAGUCAUAGUAAUGGCAGCUGAAGUGCGAAUGGUGCUUUAUGAAGAUGAUUCAGUGCAAGUACAAUAUGUUGAUGGUUCCAGACUGCAGCUUUCUCCCUGUGGCUCUGAAUUUUUAUUUGAAAAGGCACCUCCUGUUUCAGCACAUCCUUUGGAACAACCAGAAAGAAUUCGCCAAAGGACACACUUUGUUAUUAGCACUUACCGAGAGCAAUUACAGCGAGCACUAGAUUUUCGAAACUCUUCUGCUACUUGCCCUUUUUUAUCUGACAGCAUCAUACCUUCUGAAAAAAAAAAGCGUAUCUUCAUUGACGUCUCAGAAGUGAGAUGGCCCAGUCUUGAUACUGAUGAUGGCAUGAUACGUAUGCAGAGUGGCACCGUGAAGAUAUCAUCUUUAGACGGUCACGCGUACCUUUGCCUGCCCAAAUCUCAGCAAGAAUUUACAGUACAAUUUUUGUGUAAAGUAAGCCAGAAACCAGACUCAUCUAGAGUAUUGUCAGAAAAAAAUAAUCAAGCCAAAAAGGACAAACCAGUUGAGAAAGCAGGCAAAAUCUGUACUUAUGGAAAUUUAUCAGGACAGAGACUGAAGAAUAAAGAAAAUGAACUUCAUUGUCAGAUCUUGAAACCCAGAGAUCCUUUAGAGAAGAAGAGUUGUGUAAAUGGAACUAAAGGGAGGGAGGAGCUGCCCUCGUCUGGUACAAAAUACACAUGUGUGUACACGUGGGUAAAGCAGUGCUGGUCUGUGGCCUCCUGUCCAGAGGAAUGGAAAUACCCUUUGUCUUUAGCACUUCGUUUUCAUAAUAAAAUCAGCAAUAUGUCUAGAAUUGAUGUAAAUAUCACUCAGAGUGGAAUUUUAACUUCUGAUGUUUCAGAAGAAAGAGGAAAAGAGGUUUCUGUUCUUCCCAGAGCCCUGUUACUCAGCUGUCCUGCCCCACACCUGCACAGGUGGAAUUUUUGUGAUUCGCUUUCACAGAGACAGUCUGAGGAAGAAGAAUAUUCCUAUCCUGAACCAGUGAAAGUGGUUUGGUACCAGGGUAUUACAUAUAGACUUACCCAUAAAAAUGUGAACUCAAUAGAGAUUUAUCCUGGAGAUGGAUCUAUUUUCAAAUCAGAAGGAGCAUAUUUUGGGAAUUAUUUUACAUAUUAUUCCAUUCAAGAAGGAUCAGAAGAGAGAGAAGAGAAAACAUAUUCAGUAAAUAACCUUCCUCCAGAUAGACCAGGAAGUCUGUUCUCUGUGCGUUCUCUAAUUAAACAGGCAACCAGAAUUCUUCAACAUUGUGCCAAGAUGAGGCUUUCUUUAAGCCAUAACUAUCGUGUAUGCUGCUGGAAAAUGGUACCUGGGAUAAAUGAUAGCAAUAUACUGCCUGUGCUUUUGAGAGAAUCUCUCAUACCCAGCGUGGGAAGAUUUCUUGCAUACUCCGAUGACAAAGUACAUGCUAUCUUUUUAGAUGGCGUUACUCUAACCCUAAAUUGGAAUUUUGCCUCUUUUACUGAAAAGGGACAGGUAAAUCGAGGCCUCCAGUUAGGUUGGUGUAAGUUAACUUUUCCUGAUGGACAAGAUCAGUUAAUUCAAGUUGAACACCCUGGACCUUAUGAAAGAUAUGUGGCAGCAGUAAUAUUGUGGUGCAGAAGACUGGCGCAGACUAGUCAGAGAGAGCAGCCCAGACGUCCCUCAUCUUCUAUUCUUGAAGAAAAUUGGUCUGUGGCGUCUGAACUUGAAAAGAUACAGAAGUUUAACUUGUUAUUGGAGAAUAGUGGUAUCCUAAACCAGACUGCUAAGAAGAAAAAUGAACAGUCUUCUGAUCAGUAUGAACCAAAAUCUUCAGAAACCGUGCUAGAAGUUAAUGAAAACAGAGUAUUGGCAGCAUUGAAAAAAACCUCUGAAAUCCUUCAGGAUAUUGACUGUCUUCUAUCAAACUCUAAAAAGUGAAAAUGGAAUUAUUACAAUAUAUUAUUAAACCUUAAGGAUGUUGUUUCAAGUAACUGGUACAAAGUUACUAGUAAGCCAAGAAGUUGUAUAUAUUACUUCUGUACAAUGAUUAUAUGAUAAAUGGCAUUUAACUUGGGAGAUCUUUUACCUAACUUGUAAAUUUUAAAAUAUUUAUUUAUAAUAUACGUUAUUAAUAAAGAACUUUUGAAAUUCUGUA